UUCAUGCCUGUGUGUGUUUUGGACCUGUUUCUUUUGAUUAUACCUAGUUUCUUUAGCAUUUGUAAAAUACUCAGAGAGUCUGAUUUGGGAAUUUCAGCAUGACUGAGAGUGCCCUGAACACCCCGGACCUGAAAGAUCUGGAAGAAGAUGAACUAUGGGAUCUAAUCAAUGACAACCGUCAUGCCAUCUCUCUCGGUGUCCGUCCCUGUUUGCUCAUCCCUUACUUGCGGCAGGCGCGUGUGCUUACAGACCUUGACGAGGAUGAGAUACUUACCUGUCUCAAACUCUCCAACCGCAGUAUGAGAACCAGUCAUAUGCUGGAUCUGUUGCGUGUGCAGGGCCGUAAUGGAGCCAUGGCUCUACUCGAAAGUCUGAUGAUCCAUUACCCCACUCUUUACACACAGAUCACUGGCCGCCAGCCCAGCACUGAGCCUUCAGGCUUCAGUGGCCUGAUAAAGUACACUGAGCUGACAGAGUACCUGGUUCGUGCUGUGAGCGGUAUGCAGACGGAGCUGCAAGAGGCGCGACACGAGGCAGCGCGACUGCGAGCCCGGUGCAGUGAACUGGAGGGGAAACUGGGGCAGGCGCAACAGAAUAUUGAAGAGUUCAGCCAGAUGCAGGGAGAGCAUGCGCGACUACGCAGUCACCUUGCAGGUUUACACAGAGACUGGCUGAAACAGAAAGAUGAGAUGUGUGAUCUGUAUGUCAGAUACACCACAGCUGUGGAGGAGAAGUCUGCUUCCAGUAUACACAACAGAGAACUGCACCUACAGGUUUAUCAGCUGCAAUGUGAGUUAAGGAAGGCUCAGAAAGAGACAGACUUGCAGAGGCAGCGUUCCUUAAAGAAUAUUUCUCUCAGUGACACACAGCAGCUCAAGGAAGAGAUCAACGCUCUACGUGCAAAGUUACUGGAGGCUGAGAAAUUCUCCCCGGCACGUCAGGAUAUCCUGGCUCAGGAUCUGGAAGAGGCCAGAGACAGACGUUCGGAACUUGCUGAGGAGGUUGGUAGACUAAGUGAGGAGAGUGAACGACUCCAGCAAGAGAAAGAGGAGCUCCUGGAAGAGAAGGACUGUUUGGCCCUGGAGGUGGAGAAGUUAACUGUGGACUGUGAGAUGUACCAGCACAAGAGCGCACUGUUCCAGAGUCAGCUGGGAGAAGUGCAGGCUGAGAGAGACAGGGCGUAUUUGUCCCGUGAUGAGGCACAGGCCCAGACUGCACGUAGUCUGGCGGAGAAGGACACACUGAGAGGUCAACUCAUGGAGCUACAGGAGAAGGUGUUCACCAUGAAUGUCUUUAGCAGACAAAGAGAGGAAAGACAAAAAUCCAGGGACAGGAAGUUCAGUUGGGAGAGCAGCCGAGACUCAAGCAGUGAGUGCCCCCCAUGCAGCUCCCCUGCCAGAGUACGUCUACGUCGCAUGGAUGCCCUCCACCCUGAGUGUUUCCACUUGUAUGACACCUCUGAAUUCACUGAUGAAGGAAUCAGCAGUGUGUGUUCCAGUCAAGUGGAGCCUCCCUGUUAUGAAUCUCUCCGUAGACGAGAGUUACACUUCCCCUCCAGCAAUGACAGCAGUCAGGAGCUGAUGGAUGACUCUUCCCUUAGCAUUCUAGACCUGGAUAAUGAUUUUGUUUUCAUUAAUGAAGAUGUUGAUGAGCCAAGAUUGUCAGCAUCUCUUCCCUGUCCCAUUACCAAGAGGAGCCCUUCCGACAGUUUCUCCAGAGCAUCAGUUCCACCCUUCCUAGUGCGCGCCAGACCCCAGGCCCUGCGUAUUACUGGUCGCGUGGUCACCAUCUCUGUCCAUGGAGAAAUGCUGUUGAACCAGCUACAGGUCAUCGGGGGAAAUAAGACGGGCGUGUUUGUGUAUCAUGUGACCGAAGGAUCAUCGGCUCAUAGCGCUGGCAUCAGCCAUGGAACUCAGAUACUCCAGCUGAAGUAUGAGCGGGAGCAGAGAACUGUACGUAUGGUUCUGGAAGAUACCACAAUGGAGGAAGCUCUAUGGGCCCUGGGGCAAGUCCAGGGACCAUGCCACAUUACACUGAGACCCAGCCAGGAUGCCUACGAGAACCUGCUGCAGCAACUAAAGAGCGGUGAGGUAAUUUCAGGUGAUUCCUUUUACGUCCGUGUCAACAUGACUUUGGCAGGGGAUAUAGCUGGAAGUCUGGCGGUCAGGUGUAACGACAUAGUACAUGUGAAGAACACUCACUAUGGCAACGAUGGCUCCUGGUGGGCCAGUCUUGUGCACGCCUGCCAACUAAUGGACCUGAAGAGCGGCACUUUGCCCAACUACUACAGAGCACAGAGGCUGUUAAUCAGAGCUAUAGAGGAUAUGACCUACCCUCGUAAAACACACAGAAAGGUGGAGAGAGCAGUAGCUCAUGAGAAACGGAGAGCAGUGAGGAUUGUCAGUACUGGUCAGCAGAGCAGAAACCCACUGUGGGUCAGUGUGGAAGACGACAAAUGUACAGCCCAAGAUAGUAAUUGCAGUGUGCCCAGAAGAUGUGUGACCCUGAUGCCCUACACCCUGGUCACACCUCAUUACCCGCCCAUCUGCCGCCCAGUCCUCCUCUUUCCCACAAUCCUUGGCCGAAUCCUGCAUAAACGAUUGACAGAGCAGGAGGGUUAUCAACUUUGUGAGUCAGAGUUGCUGAUGGCAAGUGAGCAUGCUGUUCGAAUGCAGAAGGGGGAGAUUCUUGAGGAGUGUGACUCAAAAACCCACCGUUGCUACACGAUGCAGGGAGUGGACAAGAUCAUGAAACGGGGCACUCACUGCGUGUUACCACUGGGUUUGGACUGUGUGCGUCGUCUCCACCGUGCUGAAAUCUUCCCCAUCAUCAUCUUUAUCAUGUCAACGGAGAGAAGUAUCCGCAGACUCAGACACAAACUACGGCAGAACUCAUUGACUGAGUCUCAGGUGCUGGAGUGUUCCAGCAGUGAGGAACCUCUUUUGGAUAAACUGCCCUGCCUUUACCGCAGCAUUCUGCCAGAUAGUUGGCAUGACAGUGCCACCCUAGUGGACACUUUGAAAACUGUGGUGACAGAGGAGCAGAAUAAGAUUGUGUGGGUGGAGUCAGAUCUCUGGUGAAAGAGUGGGGGAUAAUGCGAUUAGGUAAAGUCUAAAUUCCCUUCAUUACAGGGAGUAAUUAAGAGUAUUAGAGAUAAACUAACAGCACAUUCUGUGUAUUUAGAGCAAAAACGGAGGUCUGCUACAUAGCUAAAAGUGGAGUGCUGCCUCCUUCAAACUAAUAAAACAUGCUUUUGGUGCAGGAAAAAUUUGGUUAAAAUUUGGUACAUUUGUUAACAUUUUAUCGUAAGGUUCCAUAUGUUUUCAUUAAAUACAUUUGUUAACUUGAACUAACAAUUAACAAUACUUUUACAGCAUUUAUUAAUCUUGUUUAAUGUUCAUUUCAGCAUGUACUAAAAACAAAUUAAAAUGGUAUAUAUUAGUUAAUGCAUUAUACUAACAUGAACAAAUCAUAAAACAUUUUAUUUUUAUAAAUUAACAAAGAUAAAUGCUGUAAAAAUAUAUAUUUUUCAUUGUUAGUUCACGAUACCUAAUGCAUUAACUAAUGUUAACAAAUGGAAACUUAUUGUAAAGUGUUACCAUAAGUUCUAUAUAAGUAAAAACAUUAUGCUGUAGCAUUACUAAACCCUGAAGGUUCCAUCUCUAAGAAUCAUUCAUUAUAUGUGCUAUAACCUAGCUAUAAAAUAUCUUUUUAAGUAUUAAAAUUUUGCUUUAGGAACAGAUAUAUAAGAUGAUUUAGGGACAGGUUUAUAUGGUCCAUGCUAUACUUUAUUCAUUUAUCUUUACUAUUCUUAUGUUCCCAUUAUCUUGAAAGUUAUGUGCAUAAAUGAAGAAUAAUUACAUUGAAGGAAGCUGUAUAUAAUAUCCCUUAAGGGGCAUUUAAUAUGCUAGAAUGUCCGUUUGGCAAAACUGCGUAAUAUGACUAUAUUGCUAUAUUACAGAUAUAACCGGAUUUCAGAUUGACCGUGUGUAUGAAACAACCUUUGGAAGUUUGCUCAUCACCAUGAGCUAAUUGGAAUAAUAAAUUACUUUUGAUAGAAAAAGAGCACAAAAUCUAGUUGAUCUUAUACUUAAUAAUACUGUUUAACCUAGUCUCAGAGAUUUAGAGGUCUAUGUUUAGCUCAAGAGAAAUACAAUCAAGAUGUCAUCACUGUACAGAAAUGCAAAGAAUGAGGAUACAGAACACUGUCAGAGUAAUUUCCCCUCAAGCCUAUCUAAUCUCAACCACACUGCCUAGAUUCCUCCAGACCAAACUUUCCAUUUCACAUUUUUUAAUGUUUUACACUUGUUCAGUUGACACAUUAUUUUUGUGAAACAAAAAGUGAACACUGAAUUGAAAACAGCCAGUUUAAAACUGAGGUGAGUAACUAUUGCAUAGUGAAUUAAAAAUGAUACACAUUACAAUGUCAGUGUUUUAUUGUAUCUACUUGAUCUAUAAAAUCCUAUGACAUCUAUGUUUUCACUCCCAUUUGUAUGCAAUUCUGUUAUAUAGUACUUGUACAAAUGGAUAUAUGCAAUCAUUUUUUCUUCAUUCAUGUGUAAUAAACUAUACCUAUAAUUAU